AUGGGCCUGAUCUGGCUGCUGCUGCUCAACCUGCUGGAGCCCGGCUGGCCGGCCGCGGGCCCCGGGGCGCGACUGCGGCGCGAUGCGGGCGGCCGCGGCGGCGUCUACGAGCACCUCGGCGGGGCGCCCCGGCGCCGCAAGCUCUACUGCGCCACCAAGUACCACCUCCAGCUGCACCCGAGCGGCCGCGUCAAUGGCAGCCUGGAAAACAGCGCCUACAGUAUCCUGGAGAUCACGGCGGUGGAGGUGGGCAUCGUGGCCAUCAAGGGGCUCUUCUCUGGACGGUACCUGGCCAUGAACAAGAGAGGACGGCUAUACGCUUCGGAGAGCUACAGCGCCGAGUGUCAGUUCGUGGAGCGGAUCCACGAGCUGGGCUAUAACACCUACGCCUCACGGCUGUACCGCACGGCGCCCAGCGGGCCGGGGGCCCAGCGCCAGCCCAGCGCCGAGAGACUGUGGUACGUGUCCGUGAACGGCAGGGGCCGGCCUCGCAGGGGCUUCAAGACGCGCCGCACGCAGAGGUCCUCUUUGUUCCUGCCCCGCGUGCUGGACCACAAGGACCACGAGUUGGUGCGUCUGCUCCAGAGCGGGGCCGGGCUCCGCGGCGGCCCGCCCAGGCCCCCCGGCAAGGGCCCCCAGCCCCGGCGGCGGCGGAGGCAGAGGAAGAGGAGCCGGGGGGGCCGGGCGUAG